UAUUUUCGUUAUUAUUAGUUCCGUUCAUUCAGGUUUACUGGUCUUUCUGAGUCUGUAUUUUAAAUGAAAAACUUUUUAUGCGUUUUUUAUAAACUUGAUUAACGAUUAAUGAUUUAUAAUAUAUAUAUAUAUAUAUAUAUAUACUUUACAUAUAUAUUAAUAUAUUCAUUAUAAUAAUAAUUUAUGUUAAACUAUUAAAGUGAAGUAAAUCAUGAUUUCCAAAACUGCAGUUAGUCUUGCCGUAGGUGUUGCAGGAAUAUUUGUUGGCUAUUGUUUUUACUUUGAUCAGAAACGGCGAAAUGAUCCUGAUUUUAAAAAGAAAUUGCGUGAACGUCGCAAAGCCAGAAAAGAAGCACGAAAAGUUGGGUCUCGAGUUCCUAACUUAAAAGAUCAUGAUGUCGUACAAAAAUUUUUCAUUCAAGAGGUUGAAAUGGGCGAAGAGCUUCUAGCUCAAGGAGAUUUAGACGGUGGAACUGAACACUUAGCUAAUGCCGUUGCUGUCUGCGGACAACCCCAUCAAUUGCUACAGGUUUUACAGAAUUCCCUACCACCUCAAGUAUUUCAUCUUUUGUUACAACGAUUACCUUCUACGGGACAGAAAUUAAAUUUACAAGCUUCAAUGGCAGAAGAAGACGUUGAAUAAUGACACUACUAACCAAAAUUAUUUCAUAUCAAUAUAUUCCGAAGUUGUUUGUUGUAAAUUGAAUCUUUUUUGUACAAUAAAAGUUCUCUGUAAAAAAAAUUAA